UUGUGGUCUCUCUCUCCUCUCGAAAUCUGACAAAUUUGUUCUCUACGGCACCCCCGCGGCCGAAUCCCACGAGGCGGAGCUCAUGGCCGACUCGUGUCGCCUCCCCGCCCGCAACUCAUAUUCGCCGGCCAUGUGCCCGCCCCUCCUCCGCUUAGUUGUCAUCUCUCCCCCAGCUGUCCCUCUUCCCCCACUCCACGGCCCCAAAGGUCGCUCUUUUGUAAGAACUCCCCCUCCCCUCCCCACGAUAGAAAUACGCAAAAAAUCCUAAUUUCCCCUCGCCAAUCCCAAUCCAUAUGAGGUCGGAGGAGAACCCUAAGAAGCAGAGGAAAUGCUGCUUGCUGAGGCAGUCGAGGAAGGGCUGCAUGAAGGGGAAGGGCGGUCCGGAGAACCAGACCUGCCCCUUCCGAGGCGUGCGCCAGCGGACUUGGGGCAAGUGGGUGGCCGAGAUCCGCGAGCCCAACCGCGGCGCCCGCCUCUGGCUCGGCACCUUUCCCUCCGCCCUCGAGGCGGCCCAGACCUACGACAACGCCGCCCGCACCCUCUACGGCGACUGCGCCCGCCUCAACCUCCACGCUCCGUCUCCGCCCCUCCCCAAGUUAGAGCGCACCUACUUGUCCGCCACUUGUUCGACGGAAGACGCCAGCGCCAGCGAGUCGGUGGCGAGCUUCCCUGGGAUCCCUGGAUCGUCGGCGGGCUAUUUCUGCGGCGGGGAGUUGGACGACUUGGACGAUUACGUGACGAGGUUACCUAAAGCAGGGAACUUUGGACUCGAAGCUUUCGUUCCGCUCUUCGAUGACGACAGCGUUGGGUGGUCGGAGGUAGAGUCUGUGCCGGAAUUGAUGAACUCUGACGAAAUGCAAUUGUCUUGGUGUUCUUGAACGGGCACCUUCCUCGUCUCCAAAACCAAAACACGUCCUCUCUAGAUAUGUCCGCAUGGCUUUAAUCAGUGGUUAUAGAACUGCUUUAAGAAGA